GAAACCGAGUAAUAAGUUGUGUACUGCACACCACAACAAUUUCGUCAGUUUCAGUUUUCCUGUCAGGUCCUACAAAAUAUUCACCGGGUCAAAAAGGCUGGAGAUCUGAAAGAGGUCUGAAAAUACAUUUGCCUGCUGACUAGGUUUCCUCUCGAAGCCUUUGCUUUCUGACGGUGGUCGUUUGAACUUUUGCCCCUCACAUAAAAAACGCACCUUCUCUUGACUCUUGUCCUUGCCGAAGUUAUAUCAGUGUAGCGGCCGCCGUCCCCCCAUCUGCUCUGCCACUGCCAGUAACACGCUUCACUGCAGGACCAUUAACGCCGCCUGCAAGCACAGCCGCCGGACCCGGAAGAGAUCGACGAAGGCGGAGAGAUGGGCGGCGGCGAAGGCGGGGAUGGGACGCGAGCGCUGGACCAGACGCCGACGUGGGCCGUGGCCGCCGUCUGCGCCGUCAUCGUCGCCGCCUCCAUCCUCCUCGAGGGCAUCCUCCACCACCUCGGCCAGUGGUUCAGUAAGAGGAAGAAGAAGGCGCUGUUCGACGCCCUGGAGAAGGUUAAAUCCGAGCUCAUGACUCUGGGGUUCAUCUCGCUGCUGCUGACUGUCACGGCGAGGUACAUAUCGCGCAUCUGCAUCCCGGAGGGAGCCGCGGACACCAUGCUGCCCUGCCCGAAGAUUUCGCGGCAUGGAGAGCAGAAAGGACACGGCCGACGGCACCUGUCUGAAGAACCGAACAACUUCUCAUGCCCCAAAGGUAUGGUAUCGCUUGUUUCUGCCGAUGGUCUACACCAGCUGCAUAUCUUUGUGUUUUUCUUGGCCCUCUUCCAUGUGGCGUUCAGUGCUAUUACAAUGUCCCUGGGUAGAGCAAAGACGCGUAUAUGGAAGGAGUGGGAAAAGGAUACUUGCUCCCUUACCUAUGAAUUUUCAUCUGAUCCGUCAAAGUUCAGGCUUACUCAUCAGACAUCUUUUGUGCGGCAGCAUGCAAGCUGUUGGAGCAAAAGCACAAUUAUGCUCUAUUUUGUGAGCUUCUUUAGGCAGUUUUUCAGAUCCGUUCGCAGGACAGACUAUAUGACUUUGCGGCAUGGAUUUAUUUCUGCUCAUUUAUCCCCAGGGACUAGGUUCAAUUUUCGAAAGUACAUCAAGAGGUCUUUGGAGGAUGAUUUCAAGACAGUUGUUGGAAUUAGUCCACCUUUAUGGGCUUCUGCUCUGGCUGUCAUGCUCUUCAAUGUUCACGGAUGGCACAACUUGUUCUGGUUCUCCACAAUUCCCCUUGUAGUGAUUUUAGCUGUUGGAACAAAGCUUCAGGCUAUAAUUGCAAGGAUGGCUGUUGAAAUUACAGAGAGGCAUACAGUCAUUCAAGGAAUGCCAGUGGUGAAACUCAGUGACGAACAUUUCUGGUUCGGAAAACCUCAUAUGGUGCUUCAUCUUAUCCAUUUUGCAUUAUUCCAGAAUGCAUUUGAAAUCACCUACUUCUUCUGGAUUUGGUAUGAAUUCGGGUUGAGGUCCUGCUUCCAUGACAACUUUGAGCUUAUCAUUGCAAGAGUCUGCCUUGGGGCUAUAGUCCAGUUUGUCUGCAGCUAUAUCACACUUCCACUCCAUGCCCUUGUAUCUCAGAUGGGAUCGCAGAUGAAGCGAACAAUCUUCGACGAGCAGACGGCGAAGGCCCUGAAGAAAUGGCACAAGGCGGUGGUGAAGAAGAAGCAACAACAGCAGAAGGAGUCAUCACAUUCACACGAACCCUCAGAGACGCACAGCACGGGCGCAUCCGAGGUGAGCCACCAGUUCGUUGAGGUGGUGCCAGUGUCCGUGCACCGGCACCUCCACCGUUACAAGACCAUAGCUCACGUCGGUGGCGCCACAACGAGGGCAUUCUCAGACUCCGACUACUCCGACACGGACGCCGAGGCGACACAGACGAGGUACCUGAUCCCGCCAACGAAGCAGCGGAGCCUGGACUCGGAGGUGCGCGUGGAUGUGGAGGUUGCGGGAACGGCUACGGAGCACCAUGACAGCUUCUCCUUCCAGAGGCUGCCGCCUGCUCAGAAAUCGCCGGAUAAAUGAUCAAACGACAUCGGUGGUGCUUAGUGUUAGUUAGCACUAACUGGAGUAUAUGAGAAUGUGUUUUAGAUUAGAAGAUCAGUCAGUAGGGAACUUCAGAAGGUCGAACAAAACGCAUGUUUUGACCAUUGACUCAGGUGCCUUCUGGAGCAAGGGGAAGUCACAGGAAUUUUCCACGAAAUAGCUCCGUUCGUCGAUUAGGGUAAGUAAUUUUACGCCCUGUAGGCGUGCAGCAAUUCUUAGUUCCAUCCCCUCUAAGCAAAGUUUCUUCGUGA